AAUCCCAGCGUUAUCCCCUCCCGUUCCCAUCCCACCCAUCCCGUAACACCCAACGACUCUCACGGGCGCGUGGUUUAGCCUCGCCAAGACGGAAAAAAGAGAGAGCUAAGCCAAAGAAGAAGAAGAGGAAGAAAAAAAAAAGGCAUGGCCGCCGCCACCGCCGCCGCAGCCGCGGCCGUCACGGCAGUGUCGAGCUGCAGUAAGCGCGACAGCGACAUUGUGGGCGCCGACCUGCCCAAGAAGGCAAAGAAGGGGAGGUCGCCGCCGGAGGAGGAGAUGGAGGCGUUCUUCGCCGCGGCGGAGAGCAGCGUGGCAAGGCGCUUCGCGGCCAAGUACAACUAUGACGUCGUCAAGGACGCUCCGAUGGACGGUCGGUACGAGUGGGUCCGGGUAAGCCUGUGAAGAUGCCGCAACAGCCAGUCAAGUGUCAGGCUGUCAGAAGCACAGGCCACACUGUGUCCUUUUAAUCAUUCUUUUGUAUUUACCCUGUCAUGCUUUAGCUGUAAUUAUGUUCACAUGAUGGCUAAUCCUGUAAAGCUCACCAUGCAAGUCAGUAGAUGUUUCGAUGUUUCAGUACUC